GCGCAUAAACAAAAUGGUGGACGAAGCUACAAAGAAAACUCUCGCUGCAAUUCCUCUUUUAAAAACUAAAGCUGGUCCAAGGGAUAAAGAUUCGUGGGUGAUAAGACUUAAAGAAGAAUAUGGCUCCCUUAUAAAAUAUGUUGGAAAUAAUAAACAUGCCGACAAUGACUGGUUUCGUCUUGAAUCCAAUAAGGAGGGCACAAGGUGGUUUGGUAAAUGUUGGUUUGUGCAUAACCUGCUAAAAUAUGAAUUUGAUAUUGAGUUUGAUAUUCCUGUAACAUAUCCUACCACUGCUCCAGAAAUAGCAAUACCUGAGCUGGAUGGAAAAACUGCAAAAAUGUACAGGGGAGGAAAGAUAUGCUUAACUGAACAUUUUAAGCCAUUAUGGGCACGAAACGUACCCAAAUUUGGAAUAGCACAUGCCAUGGCAUUGGGUCUUGGACCAUGGCUUGCUGUUGAAAUACCUGAUCUGAUUGAUAAAGGAAUUGUGGUUUACAAAGAGAAAACUGCAAAAUGAAGAUUGCAUAAAAUGAUUUUAUACAUUGUAUAAUAGUGUGUUGUCCAAGGAAAUGUCUGCAUGCUAGAGUAUUGAAUUUUCACAUUUUUGCUAUGAAAUUCAAUCUGUAUUAUACAAUAUUGAUGUAGCACAUUAAAUUUGAACCAAACA